GUUGGUUAGUGCACACGCUUGAGUGAGUAAAAUAUUGUUUUUAUUACGAUUGCGAGUUUUUUGUCGACGUUGAAAGUGUGUAUAAUUUAAAAAAUAACUGUGAUAAUUCGUAUGAAUGUGAAUCAUGUGGCGGUGCGUGUGUGUGUUAGCGGUGUUCGUGGGUAUAUGCGGCGCGCAGGCGCAGCCCGACUACCUGCUGCCAGGCGACAUUCGACCUUACCACUACGACUUACGGCUGCUCUAUGACAUCGAUCCCGCCAGCAACUUCAGCUACUACGGUGUCGUUGAUAUACUGCUAACAGUAAAGAAAGCGACAUCGAAGAUCAUUCUUCAUGCUCAAGACAUGACUGUUGACGACAAUGGAAUCGUAUUGACAGGGCAGAAUCCCCCCAAGGUUAAAGGGGCAUCUAUCGAUGAAACUUACGACUUCCUGACAGUGGAACUUGAUAAGAAUUUGGUGGAGAAUGCCAACUACACGCUGAGUAUACCAUUCCAUGGUAAUCUCAAGAUGGGGCUGAAUGGUGCCUACGUCAGCUCUUACACGGACACAGCGUCUAGGACCAAGCAAUACCUGGUAACAACGCAGUUCGAGCCCAUAGAAGCUCGCAAAGCGUUCCCCUGCUUCGACGAGCCCAUGUACAAGGCUUCCUUCACCAUCACCCUCGGCCAUAACCGGGGGUACAACGCUGUCUCCAACAUGCCACUCGUCAACUCCACUCAAGACAAUGUCAUGGAGACUUAUUGGCCGUGGUCGACUAUAGAAAACACAUACCGGAAAGACAGAUCGUACUUCGUAUGGGAUCAAUUCGGGAAGUCUGUGCCGAUGUCGACUUACCUGGUGGCGUUCGUGAUAUCCAAAUUUGAGUCCCGUGCCAGUCCCCCGGGACUCUCAGACACUGUCUUCAGGAUAUGGGCCAGGAAGGAUGCCAUUGAUCAGACAGAAUACGCAGCGACAAUCGGCCCGAAGGUUCUGACGACCUUCGAGAAGUUCUUCAACGUCUCCUUUCCCCUACCGAAGCAGGACAUGAUAGCCAUCCCGGACUUCUCGGCCGGCGCUAUGGAGAACUGGGGCCUCAUCACCUAUAGGGAGUCCACCUUGCUGUACGAUAAGGACCAGUCCUCCUUCACCAAUAAGGAAAGGAUUGCUGAGGUGGUAGCCCACGAGCUAGCUCACCAGUGGUUCGGCAACUUGGUAACGAUGAAGUGGUGGUCAGACCUGUGGCUGAACGAAGGCUUCGCGACAUAUGUCGCGUCUAUAGGCGUCAACGCGGUGGAACCGACUUGGCGUGCUGAUAUCACCUUUGCUGUGGAGAACAUCCUGGCCUACCUACCCCUGGACUCUCUGGAGUCGUCACAUCCGGUAUCCGUGCACCUCGAUCACCCGAAGAGGAUAAUGGAGAUCUUCGACGACAUCUCGUACCGGAAGGGAUCUAGCGUCAUUCGGAUGAUGACCAUGUUCCUGGGAGAGGACGUCUUCAGAAAAGCCCUGCACAACUACCUGGUGAAGUAUUCGUACAAGAAUGCAGCACAGGACGACCUCUGGCGGGAGCUGACGGCCGUCAGCCAGCAGUACGGUCGCCUCGCCAGCAAUAUGACCGUCAAACAGGUGAUGGACACGUGGACCACGCAGACGGGGUACCCGCUCCUGACUGUCACUCGGGAUUACAGUGAGAAAUCGCUUACCAUCUCCCAGAAACGCUACAUCAACCUGGGCGUGAAGGCUCCGACAGCGGUGUCGUGGUGGAUCCCCCUCAGCGUGAUGUGCCAGAGCGAGGCUGACCAGCCAGCAGAGCCAGUGCAGUGGCUGAGCGUGGAAGAGGGCGUCGCCAACGAGCACCGCUUCGAACACUCGGCGAAGGCAAACGAGUGGAUCAUAUUCAACUAUGACAUGAUUGCACCCUACCGCAUAAACUAUGACAAGCGCAAUUGGCAGCUGCUUAUCAAGACACUGAACAGCGACCAAUACAGCACCAUCCCACAGCUGGGCCGCGUCCAGCUGCUGUCAGACGCCUUCGCCUUCUCGUGGACACAGCAGCUUGACUACAGCAUCACAUUGCAAUUAGCGAACUACCUCCAACGCGAGAUGGAGUAUUUGCCGCUCAUGUCUGGUCUGCGCGGCAUCAGCAAACUUGAGAGCGUACUACUGAGGACGUCCGAGUACGGAGCGCUGCAGAAGUUCAUCCGCCAGCUCAUAGGUGACCAGUACAUGCAGGCGGGUGGAUUGUCCAGGAAGGCGAUCCUCAACGGGGAAGACCUCAACAGCGUCAAGUUGCAGACGUUAACAUCGACCUGGGCGUGCAAGUCGAUGUAUCCUGGGUGCGAGGAGAAUGCAGUGGAUCUAUUCCAGCAGUGGAUGGACGAGACCGACCCGGAUGCCAACAACCCGAUCCCUCUGGACCUCCGUCGUAUAGUGUACUGUGUGGCGGUGAGGCGCGGCGGCGUACGAGAGUGGAGGUUCCUGCUGGCUCGCAACCAGAAGGCCAACGUCGCCAGCGCCAAGGACCAAGCCAUGUACGGUCUGUCCUGUACGAACGUGGUCUGGAUACUCCGGCAGUAUCUGACGUGGUGCAUAGAAGACAACUCAGAGGUUCGUCGUCAGGACGCGGCGCGCGUCCUAAUACUCGUCAUCCAAUCGCCGGUCGGAUACUACAUCGCCAGGGACUUCAUAUACUCACGGUUCGACGACAUCGCGCAUGCGUUCAAAUCACAAGGGCUGAUGCGCCGCCUCGGGACCGUCAUCAAAACACUGCUGGAACAGUUCACCACAAAGCGGGAGCUUGAUGAGUUCCUAGCCUGGAAAGAGAAGUACAACCAUCACCUGGAGGACUCCAAACUGACGGUCACCCAGGGCAUAGAAGCAGCGCACGUGAACAUCGAGUGGCUCCUACGAAACAAGAAGACAGUCGUCGAGAAACUCCGGGAGUUCUCAUCGUAAGAAUCGUAGACAGAAUGGUAGACGUUGUAGACAUGAACGUAGAUGUCGUAGAGAUCAUGGUAUAAGAAAACCAGGUAUGCUCAAUCCUAUGACAAGCCGCCAUUGCUAGCCCUUUGAUGACGUAAGUGUUACCAUUAAAUUGCUAUCUCCAACAUUCCAAGGACGUAAAUUAUUGAAAGUUAAGUGAAUUACUAUUACUAAAAAUCAGACUGUAAGUAAAUCUUUUACUAAAAGUUUAAAAUUUCCUUGCAUAGUAAAUAUAAAAACAUUGGUCGUGGGUAAUUUAUUUUUUACAAAUGGCAACACAGGGCGGGAUGACGUCAGCUGGGCUGACCUUGAAAUGUUAGCUGUCACUUUGAGCGUACCUGGUUUUUUAUACCAUGGUAGAGAUAGUAACUAAGGCGCAGAUCCAGUCUUUACCGGGCAUGGAUCCCGAUUUAUUUUGGGGGUCAUCAAAGACCUUACCAAAUUGAUGCAUAUUAAAGAUGUCAAAGGUGCUAAUUCCUGUAGACGUCAUCUAAUUUUAUUUUAAGUUAUACCUGUCAUUUUUUUAUCCGCUGAAAAAGAAAGGGACGGGUAAUCGACAGCCAUAAAAUUUAUGUAACACACAUCAAUUAAGCAGAAAUCUAAAACAACCGUCUAAAAAUUUCACAUCGGCCAAUAACCCGACAGAAUGAAGUAGACAGCACGACAAGCGGAUUGCAUAACAGCAAGAUGCCUAUUUUAUUCACCCGGGUUAUUCAUUCGUUUUAAAAUUAACUUGUUGGUCCGUCCCUUUCCUUUUCGGCAGAUAAGAAAAUGACGGGUAUAACUUAAAAUAAAAUUAAGCGCUCGUAUAUUUUAAAACUAAACGUAGAUUUUUUAACUUGAUUUGAACAUGACAGUCUAAAAAUGCCACAUAGAGCUUAUAUAAACUGGAUCCGCGCCUGAUCGUAUCAUAGUUAUACUUAAUAGAAAUAUAGGCAACAAAAAAAGUAGUUUAUUUUAUAACACUGUAAAUACAACGCAAGACAUCAUUAAUCGGAAGACAUUACAGAUACAAAUAUACUUUACAAAUUUCAAUAAGAUAACAAUAAACAGAAUGUAAAUCCACCACAGGCUUCGUCAGUACCAACAUUCA